AUGCCGGAUGUGUCGGGAACGUUAACGAAGUGGAAAGGACGACAGCUUGAGUCAACUCCAAUCACACCAUAUGAAAAUACGGCAAACCUGUUCGGUGUGACUGCUAUAAUCCCCUUUUACUCAGUUUUACCAUUGGCCAGAAAUGAUUGA